AUGAGGAAUUUGGCACAAAGUGCUGGGGGAAUACGUGAAAUUGGAUUCCUAAAGAAAGACUUGUACAACACCUGUGAGAAGUUCAAAAGAGAAGAAAUAAAGGACGGAGAUACAAAAACUGUGUUGGCUUAUUUACUUGGGAAAACAGCCUCAGACCCAUCUUUUUUUCUUAGAUACACACGAGAUGACCAUGAUGGGAUAGACAAAAUGUUUUGGUGUGAUGGAAUAUGCCAAGCAUAUUACAAGGCUUUCGGGAAGGUAAUAGGGUUUGACACUACUUACAAAGUCAAUGCAUACCAGAAACCAUUCGUUGUUGUCGUUGGAGUAAAUCAUCAUAGGAAGACCGUACCCUUAGGUGUUGCGUUGAUUGCAAACGAAACAACAGACACAUACAUAUGGGUGCUAGAACAAUUGAAAGAGGCCGGUGGCAAUGUUGCUCCAUAUACUUUUAUCACAGAUGGGGACAAGGCCAUGGCUGCAGCUAUUACGGAGGUUUUCCCACGUGCACAUCAUAGGUUAUGUCUGUGCCAUCUUAUGCGCAACAUCAAGGGCCACACAAACAAACGGUUUUGCAGUGGUUUUAUGAAAUGUGUAGACGGUGCUCGUACACAAGCUGAGUUUGAAGAGGCUUGGGAAGACUUAAUGAAAGCAUACGUAGCAUUGAGAGAUAAAAAGUGGGCACAAGAUCUAUACAAGGACAAGGAAAAAUGGGCGGAGGCUUUUAUGGUGGGACAAUUUUAUGCAGGCAUGAGAAGUACUCAAAGAUGUGAGUCCAUGAAUAGUACAUUGAAAACGGUCAUAACUUCAAAAAUAAUGUUGUACCGUUUUGUGGAGUUGUAUGACCAAGUCCUUGAGCAUAUACGAUUUGAAGAAGAUAAAGAUGAUUACAUCUCUACACAUACAUUUCCUGUAAUUACUGGGGUGUUACCUGAGAUAAAGACACAAGCAGCACGAACCUACACAUGGAACAUGUACAAAUUGUUUUUGAAGGAACUAAAUUUUGAAUCAGGACACAUUAUGACCAAGACUAAGGAAGAAAAAGGACAUCGUGAUGGGGCUUCAACCACUUUUUGGUUAAACGACUGUGUGAACAAAGAUUGCAAUUACGUUGUCUGUUACAACAAGAAACUACAACAAAUGGUUUGUUGUUGUAUGAAGUACAACUCCAUUGGGUUACCAUGUCGACAUAUGUUUGCUGUAAUGAAGUUCACUGGAAUGGUUGAGAUACCAUCUGGCUGUAUUCUUCGUAGGUGGACAAUCAGAGACAAGGUUCAUGUGAAGAACACAUUCAAGGAUCAUGAUUUUCAGAAGAGAAAUGACCAUGCAUCAGCAAAUGGACGGUAUGCAUUCCUAACGGGAUUAAGUGCACAGCUUUGUAGAAUGGUUUCUUCAUCGUAUGAUCGAUCAACUUGGGUGAGAGACAAGUUAGCAAAAAUGCUCUUGGAAAUAGAAAAUGAGAAAAUAAAUCCCAAGGAUAAGGACAUCAUAAAAGAUCAAAAGGUUAAGAAAGGAAAAAGUAGGGGUAGACCCAAAAAAAGUGAAGUCAAAACUACUGGGAAUGAAAAUAUCGACCAGGGGGUUCCUUUUAUUGGUCAUGAUGUUCAUGAUAUCACUCACGUGGUUCGUAAUGUUGCAGCAACAUCUGAAACAAACCCGUCACCUGUCAAAAGUGGUGGUUUCGUAGAGCUAUUGAAAAACUUCCUGCCAAGGACAUACAAUACUGGUGAUUAG